ACCAGCCAGUACGUGUUGAGAUCCAGGUUGGGCCUGUAUUGGAUCCGCACGCAACUUUCCAGUCCAACUUCGAGUUGCAAUUUGUGUACGCGCAACUUUCAGUGCUAAACGUAAGACAUUAUAAAGUGUGUGCUAACGCAACUUAUAGAUGAGUGAAUGAAACUGGAAAACGAAAAAUAUUUAAGUGAAACCGGUUAUGUGUGCUUUGAAAAGGACGUACCUACGAGGUGUAUAAUUUGAAUUAAAAAAUAUUUGGAGAAGAGUUAUUUUGAAAAUGUGAUAUUUCAAAAUAAUAAUGAUGUAGUCUCAGCAGUAAUCAAUGGGUUUACCUAAGGAUUUACCUUCACACAGUAGGAUGGAAAAGUCCAGAAGAAAGCUGAAGAGUGACAGACGGCAGCGCAGGGCAGUAACGCGCUGAGUCAAGAUGGCUGCGGGUGCGCAGGCGGGUGGAGGGCCACUUGCGCGUCUCCUGGUUCUAGCUGUCUUGCAAGUCAAUUUUAUAGCCCUAGGUCUGGAACCGGACUUUCUCUACCCGCUGGAGAACGUCACCAUAGCCCAGGGGAGGGACGCAACCUUCACGUGCGUGGUGAAUAACCUUGGUGGUUAUAGGGUGAGUGGCGACUCCGCCACCGCCAGGGUAGCAUGGAUCAAAGCGGACACGAAGGCUAUUCUGGCGAUACACGAACACGUGAUAACGAACAACGCGAGGCUGAGUGUUACGCACAGCGACUUCAACACGUGGACCCUCAACAUACGAGGGGUGAAGAGGGAGGACCGAGGACAGUACAUGUGCCAAGUUAAUACAGAUCCGAUGAAAAUGCAGACAGCAUUUCUAGAAGUUGUAAUACCUCCUGACAUAAUCUACGAAGAAACGUCAGGGGACAUGAUGGUACCAGAGGGGGGAUCCGCCAAACUUGUAUGCAAAGCGCGCGGAUACCCCCCACCCAAAAUAGUGUGGAGAAGAGAAGAUGGGGGCGAUAUUAUAUCUAGAGGUGGACCACAAGGAAAAACUAAAGUGACGUCACUAGAAGGUGAGAUUGUAAAUCUCACAAAAGUGACCCGAUCAGAGAUGGGAGCGUACCUGUGCAUCGCAGCCAACGGUGUGCCGCCUUCCGUCAGUAAAAGAAUAAUGCUUCAAGUGCAUUUUCAUCCUUUAGUGCAAGUCCCAAAUCAACUGGUUGGAGCGCCGACUGGCACGGACGUCACCUUGCAGUGCCAUGUUGAAGCUUCGCCUAGAGCCAUUAACUAUUGGACGAGAGACAACGGGGAAAUGAUAAUUUCCAACGACAAGUACUACAUGAGCGAGAUCAACAGUUCGGCGUACAGCGUGCAGAUGCGUCUUGUCGUGCGAAACAUACAGACUGGUGACUUCACCGGGUACAGGUGUAUCUCCAAAAACUCCAUUGGGGACGCCGAAGGCAACAUACGAUUAUAUGAAAUGGAGUUGCCACACCGAAAAAACCGUGUGGAUGACGACAGCGAUACAGAUGUAGAAGAGACUAACGAUGUGCGAUCUAGCCUCCAAGGCUCUCUUCGAGAAGGUGGGCACAGGGCAGAAGAUGCGGGCUUCCUCGGUGGUGGGGGAGCACCCCUUGGCUCAGCUACCCGAGUAACCCCCUACGCGAUCUUUUUAAUAUCAGCCUUACUCUACGCCGCGUCCUAAACUUUUCCCUUAAAGCCAUAUGCAAGUUCUCGAGAGUGUAUGGUAUAUCACGUAUCCAUUGUUCUUCCAAGUUUAAUACAUGUUUUUCAAUUACCAAGACUUUUCUAUUUCGGUUUAGUGAAGUUACCCUUAACGUUGCUUUCAAUAUUUGAAAAUCUGUCCUUUCGCAGCGGUACAGUUAUCAAAAAAGUUCCCAUAAAAUAGUACGUAAAAAUAGACUAGUGUACAAACAUAAAUAUAUUUGAUCAUCGUAAUGAAAAAAACCACGAUAUUUGAAAUAAUUCUCCUCUUUUUAUAACUUAACAACAAAUCUUGGAUUCUAUAGCUAUUGAUAAAAUACCACAAAUAAUAUUUAAAUACUAUAUUCUUAUAUAAAAACGCCCGAUGAAAUGUUAAAAUAAUUUUGUAUAAUUGACUUUUACAAGAAUCAGUUUUACCCACAGUCUUGUAAAAUCUGCCCUUUUAACUAACAAAAAUGAAUCUGUUGACAAUGUUACGCGAAUUUUCGGGCGGAAGGCGCCAAUACAGGUACGAAGAAAACCAGUCAUGCCAGCCAGUGUGCGCCUGGCCUUAGGUAUAUAGACCAAAACACAAUGUGAAAGUUUGAUUGUAUAAUAAAAGAAUAAAAGCAUAAUAUUAUUAUUGUAAAUGCUUAGAUAAAAUUAUAUAAAGUGAUGAUGACAAGCUAUUAUAAUAAAAUUAAUUACCCAGCUAAUGUAAACUAAUGAAAAUAUUAUAUUGUUAGACAUACUAUAUAGGUACAUACUACUUUGUAAAAAUAUUUUGGCCGUACUCUUUAGGUAUAUACAACUUCAAACAUUGUUAUACUUAUCUGUUGUGAUGUUAUAAAACGUAUUUUAUAUUUAAAACAACACUUAUUUUAAUGUAUUUUUUUAUAGUUCAGUGUCUCUUUCUUAAUUUCAUAACAAUAUUAUUUUACGUGUUUAAAUUUAAACUAUUUAAAAUGUUUUAUAUCAGAUCGUAUAAUCAUAAUAGGUACUCGACCAUUUCAUGAAAUGAUGGCAUUUCACGAAAUAAUUACACGAUGUCUAGGUACAUCAUGAUGUACCUUGAUCCGAUCAAUAAUAAUAAUAAUACGAAAACGUUUAUCGAUAUGGCCACUAAACGCAAACCUAUUAUUCCAUGUCAUGGCCAAGUAAAUGCAGGACCAAUUUAUGAUAAUAUAUCAAAUAGCUCAGUCAAAAUAGACAUUCAAGGUUACAAGGAGCUGAAAAUUUGUACGACUGUAAAUGAAAUGUGAAAAGACCCCAUCGAUCUAGCAAAAAAAAAAUAGGGCAUUAUUUUUAAAAUCAUUUGCACCUUACGAUUUUGAUACGGCCAAACCUUGGUGAUCAAAUCGAGACGUGUUAACAAUAUGCCCAGUAUAAUAUUAGUUGGCCAUGUCAUGAAAUUCCAACAUUUCAUAAAAUAGUCAGGCGAUUCAUGAAAUGGGUAAAUUCUACGAUCAGGCUUUAUUACCUUACUCCAUGAUUACUAUCCAAAUACAUAAGCGAACUGAUUUAUCAUAGUGAUUGGAGUGACGACGAAAUUCUUCUAUGUAGUAGAAAUGCCGCCUUUAGGAGUACCUACCUACCUAGUCGUUAUAGUAAAAGCCUAAUGUGCCCCAUUGCCGGUUAAUGCAAAGAGAAAUAAAGUUAAACUCAGCACAAUAUUCUAGUCUUUACUGUUUUACAUAAUUUUAUGCCUACCAUUUUUAUUGAGAAAAUAUAUAUUUCAUGAGCAUUAUUUAUUCCAAAUUGAAUCUUUCAAUUAUCAUAUAAAAUUCAAAGGUUUUUCAUUCCCAAAAGAAAUAUUUGUUUGUAUAUUUAUUCUUGUCCGUUGUUUCAUAGAUAAUUUUUUUGUUUGUAAAAUUAUGUCUACCCAAUUCUAUAGAGGUUCAGUAAUUUAUGACUUUAUAAUCUAUGUGCAAUGAAAAUGCAUUUGUAUGUAAAUAUUUAUAGUGACCUAGCUUGUCUGGAAUUUGUUAUGGUUAUUUAUUUUUGUAAAACGUGUCAAUAAAGCGUUUAAAUAUAAUAGAUACAUAGCUGUAUUGGAACAUAUAUCAAUAAAACUAGGUGAUGUAUAUUAUAAUAUAGGUUAUGAUAUAAUAAUUGUUAAAUAUAAUAUUGUUGAAUUUAUAAACCGUCAUUUGUAAUCUAGAUAAUAAUAUAAAAAGGGAAGAACUGGCGUGUCUGUAUAUUGCCGCAUUAUUAAUUGUAAACUUUACAGUAGGCAUACACUCAAUUAAUUUCUAUUUAGAUCCAACAAGUAGCGUAAAGUUAUUAAAUAAAAAGAAUUCAUUCUGAAACACAACCACUAGCCGAUUUCUACUGUUACAAUUUUACUGAUGACUUAAUUUAUUUAAAGGUUGACCAAGUAGUAUUUUAAUAAAUAGGACAGGAGCGAAAAAAUAACCGUUAAUUUUUAAGUAGCGCUUCGAGUAUUAUUUGGAAAAAUGUUGGUCAAUUUUAAGGGGUAACAAAAAAAUUUAAGUAACAUUAAAAAAUUGUAUGUAUAGGUACUCUUGGUACCAACUACCAAGUCGCCGAUAUCCGCUACUGCAAAGUUAACAAUAUGUAAAAGUAAAUAAUAAGCUGUAGUUUUGUUUGUAUUUUCAACCAAGCAAAAAAACGUUACUUUAGUUAUUGUAAAAUAAUUUCUGCUACCAGUGUCUACAUACAGUCGUAAUAAAUAUGUAUGAUAUUGCAAACAAUUAUAAACAAUACAAUAUUAUACA